AUGGGGUAUGCUGCAGGCUCUGCGGCACAUGAGCGGCGAGCCGAAAGGAAAGCCAACAAGAAGGAUUCCAAGCCAGGCCACCGCUGCCGGGAUGGCAUGCAAGGACAGCGACUGGAAGAGACCGGGGUUGCUGGGCCAGUACGUUGGCUCUACUUUGCUGAGAACACCAAGCCUAGUAAGCUCAGUGGUCGCAGCAAGCAGAAAGUGGCUGUGAACAUCAAGGGUGCGAAAGUUGUCCGCACGGCCAACAUCAAGCCUACGAAAGCAGGC